AUGAGGGUCUCGCGAAUUAUCUACCUCUUGUGUUUUCUCACAAUUGCCGCCCUCACAUUAUUCUUUCUCCGAAAACAUGAAAUAGACGCCGGUCCCAAAGCACCGUUCGAAAAGAGCUUGCCCGCUGAUUUCGAAAACUUACUACCGCCGACGACCGAGGAUUCGCACCCAAUCGCACGACUUAUCAACGAUGCCAACGCGAAAUUCGAUGAGAAGCUUGCUCGUCAGUCAAAGACCCUGACGGAGGCAGUGGAGGAAUAUCGCCGUCGUUAUGGAAUGCCGCCGCCGCCGCAUUUCGAUAAAUGGUUUUCGUUCGCGAAGACGAGGGGGGUGCAGAUGAUUGAUGAAUACGACACAAUAUACCAUUCAUUGCUUCCCUUUUGGGCUUUGUCACCAGGUGUUAUUCGAAGUAGAGUUCACGAAGCUCUUGGUUACGACAAUGCAUUGAUCGGGCUGUUGAUUCGGGAUGGUCAAGUGACCAAGGUUGAGGGUGGAGGAGAUGGCUAUCACUGGCAGCGCGAGGCCACCGCUGGCAUGAUGGAGAGUUUUUUGAAAUACCUACCGGACAUGGACUUGGCUUUUAAUAUCCACGAUGAGCCUCGCGUGGUAGUUCCUCACGACGACCUCCAGAGAUUGGUAUCUUACGCAAAGGACACCGUGAUCCCUGCUACUCUCGAAAAAACCUCUUUACACAACAAGUGGUCUCCAAGACCUUCGGAUUUGAAUAAAGGCGAUCGGAUCGAGGAAGUCAGGACAACUCGAUUCAACAGAUUUGCCCACCAACCUACGUGGACUCAUUCUCGUCUGUCCUGUCCAGUGGACAGUCCUGCGCGCUCGCUUGACGAAAACGUCGCGGAUAAUAUGGAAUCUUAUGCGACGAGCGAUCUAGGCUUCAUUUACAACACCACUGCUUUCUCCGAUAUUUGCUUGUCGCCUUCGUUGGCAAAUACUUUUGGAUUCUUCGACCGACCCAAUGCUUUUAACAUUGUUCUUGACCUUUUCCCAAUUUUUUCACAGAGCAAGAUAUCCAGUUUCCAGGAUAUACUAUAUCCUAGUCCUUGGUACUGGAUUGGAAAGGUUAUUUAUAACGCGACACGCGAUUUUGUCUGGGAGGAUAAGAUUGAUCAAAUGUAUUGGAGGGGAUCGACCACUGGAGGAUUCUCACGCGAUGGGGGAUGGCGUCGACAACAUCGACAAUUGUUCGUCAAGAACAUCAACUCUGCAAGCAAUGCGACCAUUUUCACUCAAAUGGAAGAUGGCAGAUGGACCACUAGCAAUGUUCCACGUCAAGAUGUCGAGUCUCUAUUCAACGUGACUUUUACAUAUGUUGGACAAUGCGACCCAGGCGACUGCCACGCACAAGAAGAAUACUUUGACAUUACUCCGUCCGUCGAUCAGCAAGACGCAUGGGCUUUCAAAUAUUUAUUGGAUAUCGAUGGCAACGCUUUCAGCGGACGAUACCAUGCAUUUCUACGCAGCAACAGCUUGAUUUACAAAAUGGCCGUCUUCCGCGAAUGGCAAGACGAAUGGAUUGACGCUUGGGUCCAUUAUGUGCCACUGGGGAUGAAAGGCACUGAUACCGUGGAGAGUGUGCGUUAUUUUACACAAGAGGAAGAAGGCAAGAUCCAAGCGCCACGGUUGGCCAAACAAGGCAAAGAAUGGGCACAGAAGGUGCUUCGAAAUGAAGAUCUUGAGGUUUGGUUCUUCAGGCUGUUAUUAGAAUACGGACGAUUGAUUGACGAUGACCGGGAGAACAUUGGAUAUAUGCCAUGA